AUGUUUGGCUGGGGUUCUGGGCUGGCCUUGCCCUCCGCCACUUCGGAGCCGGAGAAAGAAAGACGACCCCCCGCCGACCCAACACCCCUCGAUUUCCCCGCCUACAACCUGCCCAAUGUUGUUCCCAAUGAAUCGGACUCGAAACUCAAGGACAUUGCAGAUCUCCUGGCCGACAUCAAACGUCCACAAGAUAUCUGCUUGGACCGGUUCAAGGCGUUGAACCUUGAACUAGAAUCCGACGUCGAUGUACGCCACAUGUUCCCCGACCAGACACUCGCCCUCGCUCCUUUGCCAUGGGAGGACACCACUGAGCCAACGGAAGAUGUCGCUCGCCCGCUGAUGGGCAACGGAGUCCCCUAUCCCCCCAAGGAUCGAUAUGAGACGCUAAAAAACGAGUUGGCACUGGACAACGACGACACCUUCCGUGAGGUGGCACGUUUGCCACCGCGUGAGGGCCGGAGUCGGGUUCGCGUGACACAGUCGAGGAAGUUCUGGACAGGAUUAGAGCACGUGGCUCAAUACUGGGACACCAGCUUAGACCACUACUUUGAGCGUCCAGCAACUCCUGAACCCACACCUCCCAAUGAGAUGGAGUUGGAAAGCGAUGUCCAAAUACACAUGGAACAGGAAAUCACAAGCGGAACCAACUCCACGGGCGAUGAAAUGGAAGUGGAUGAGACACAAUCCCACGAGAUUACGAGCGAGACCCCUCUGGGCGAGCAUAGGCCCUAUGUGGCCAUGUAUACGGGCCGUAGAAUUGGCACGGGGCACGAGAUGCCCGAUGAAGUGCGCGACGAGACAAUUCGAGCCUUUGUCGAGAUGGUCGCAUGGCCAUUCGGAUGCCAAGUCACGGUACCCACUCUUCCUCCACGAUUGAUGACCAAGAACCUCCUCUUCCCAGUGCGGCAGUCCUUCCAGGCAUCCCGAUCGCCUCGAGACCGCCAGAUCGCGCGAAGCGGGAUGCUAGAAGGGCCCGUACUGAUCGCGCAAUGCCGUCCGGAGACCACAUUCCGCACCACCGCGGAUAGCCAAGGCCACGGCAUCGGCGAAGUCAGUGACAUCUUCCGCGAGGUCGGAGGUAUGCUCCUCGCAGCCCAAGAGCGAGCUCGUGAGGGCGAAAUUGAACAGCGACCCGGAGAAGGCAAGUGGUGGACCAUGGCGCCGCGCUUCGGUGGCGCACCCCACGAUGGGAUCCUGGAUGAUCUUGUCAGUAUGGGACACGGGAUGUCCCUGCCGGACUCUAUGAUGGAGGAAGCCAGGCCGUCCGCCCCGGAGGCGGACAUCGCGCGUAAGCGACACAAGAUCGAGCAUCCGUUCGUCACAUCGCUUUCGCGGAGACCGAGUGCCAUGCGCAGACUUACGAGUAGCGAGAAGUGGAAGAUUAUCCAGCCUGGGCCGAGUCUCUGGGAUAAGAGACUGAGUUAUAUGCAGAUUGGCAAGGCCCGGGAUAGUCCAUUCGACGAUAUUUAUAUGAUCUCCUCAAUCAACCACCACGUCUCAAUCCUCCAUCUCCGCGUCCACAAACGCUACCUGGACAUCCUCACCAACGGCGAGAGCACAUUCUCACCAGACUCCGACACGGAGCAACCGUGGCAUGUGCUGAAACUGCAGCGAACCAAAUGGUUCGACCUCUUUGACAAGAAUGACCGCUUAGAAGCGCUCAAGGGCGUGUGGCAGCUGUUCCAUUACCAGCUGCGCGACACGAUGCCUGUCUCUUCAUAG